AUGCCACUAGACCAUACAUUAGAACUGAAAAUACCGUUCGAAACAGAAAAGCAGGCUAGUAUAGCCACUAAAGUGCUUUCUCCAGACCCAAUUCUGAAACCACAGGAUUUCCAAGCAGACUACAGCUCCGAAAACAAUGUCAUGCUUGCCCGGUUCAGAAGCAUCGACGAUAGGGUGCUACGGGUGGGCGUUAGCAGUGUUAUUGACAGCAUCAAGACCAUUAUAGAGACCAUGGAUGAACUGUCUUAG